UAUAUAUAUAUAUAUUCCUUUGUCUCUGCUUAUACAAAUUCCAACUAACAUAUCACAAGGCACGUAGCCAAGGGAACUGGGAAGAGCAGUAAAAUGAUAAAGUUCUAGAGUCCUCUAUAUAUUGAAGAAGGUUAAUUCAGACGUUCUGUAGUACUGAGAGCUAGCGCUUAGUAGAAGACAACAUGGGUGUUGUUCACGCUCUACAAUUUACUUUCGGGAUUUUCGGAAAUGCUGCUACUCUGUUUCUCUUCUUGGUACCAACGUUUACAUUCAAGAGGAUAAUCAAGAACAGAUCGACGGAACAGUUCUCUGGCUUACCUUACGUCAUGACCUUUCUCAACUGCUUGCUUUCUGCAUGGUACGGUCUGCCUUUUAUAACAUCUGACAAUAUUCUAGUAACAACAAUAAAUGGGGCUGGAGCUACAAUUGAGCUCAUUUACGUGCUGAUCUUUCUCGCACUUGCACCCAAUAAACAGAAGGGAAAAAUCUUAGCAACCCUCCUUUUAGUCCUCCUCGUUUUUGCUGGCGCAGCGCUUGUUUCCUUGCUUGUUUUUCAUGGGAAAAAUAGGAAGCUGUUUUGUGGUACAGCUGCCACCAUCUUCUCCAUCGUUAUGUAUGCAUCUCCUAUGUCUAUCAUAAGACUAGUAAUCAGGACAAAGAGUGUGGAGUACAUGCCAUUUUUCCUGUCAUUUGCAGUUGUCAUAUCUUGCACCUGUUGGUUUACCUAUGCCAUGCUUGGGAGGGAUCCAUUUAUUGGUAUUUCAACAGGGGUUGGCUUGUUUUUAGGAAUAGUGCAGCUGAUCUUGUAUGCCAUUUACUGUGACAAGAAAGUUUUAACCAACAAAUCUACUGAUGUGCCCGUGGAGAUGGGCAACGGCCAUAUUAAUAUUAAAUUUCACUAUGAGGAGAAGCAAUAUAACCAGUCGAACCAUGAGCAAGUCUAGAACUAACAGGAUCGGAUCAAGUUUCGUGGGCGCUCAAAAGUACUCUUGGAUUGUUGCUCAGAAUCUGUAUAUUUUAGAUUCUAAAAGCACUCUGAUAAGUGCUAAUAUAUAAUGCUGUAGAAGCAUAAAGGCAUGUCAGGAAUGGUGCAGGAGAUAUCUGCAUUCCCUAAUGAAAUGUAUUUAUGAUUAAUUAUAAGCAAUAGCAGAUAAAAUUAAUAACGUUGUACAAUAUUCUAUCA